UAACAAAUGAAAAUGUAUAAACAAGUCUGCUAAUAACUAGAAACCAUCCAAUCACCACCAUAUAAAGGUUUGAGGCUUCUUCUCGUUUACUUAGGUCAUUCACAUGACAGUUCGAUUGUACAUAAUUUCAUUUAAAGUCAGAUUGCAGGCAACUCAAACAAGAUUACAAAAACAUUUAAGAAAAUAUGACUGUUUUAUCCUACAUUCUAAUCAAACAGGAGGGCGUAUUAUUUUUUCACGGUCGUCUCAUUAUAAGAGGCUGGAUGUAGGCUAUUUAACAUCGUAUUCGCGUCGCGUUAGGCACUGUAGCCUAUAUAGCUGUGAUGACUCAUUCGACAUAUUUCUACGAUGAAUAGCUAGUCUAACUGACCACCCCAUUUAGUUUAGUCGUUACUCUGUGGUAAACCAAAUUUCAGUGUUUUUGUACAAAAGAACGAUAACUGCUGUUACUCGAUGAACAUCAGCCGCUGACAAAGAUACGCGUUUAUUACAUAAAUAAAGUUUUCAACCGGGAACUCGUGAUUCUGCACAGUGUAGAUUAUCGUAUAUGGGCGGGACUUCAGUGGUUACCGGAGAUAAACACAGGCUGGAGUCAGCGCUCGGUUUUGGACGCCUAAACUUUCAAUGAGGGCGAAGCAGACUGUCGUUGUGAGCCUCGGACAGCGAGUGUGCGGCGCUGUCUCUUUAAACCCGCCCGGUGUGAAAAGUUCAGUCAAGAAGGCGGCAAAGAGGAGAGUUCUGCUGCAGAGAUCGGCGCCUGAUAUCGCGCGCGCUGUGCGACAGAUGGCUGGCGACGGCGGCGAGGCCAAGCGGCUCCCGAAGAGACCCUUUCACGGCGAAGUAGAGGAGAACUCAAGCGCGGCUGUGGAUGGAAACGUUAAAAUUCAGCCCGGGAAAAAGGCUCCUGGUGAACGGCGUGGUAAGGAGAACUCCGCCGCCAAGUGCACGGGUUUGACAAGCGGCUCCGCAGAGGCGAAGAUGGAGCAGAGCGUUCACGGCUCGCAGACCACAGACCCGAGCGUUUUCUUCGACGAGGACAGCAAUCAUGUUUUCCCUGUGGAGCAGUUCUUUGGGAACCUGGAUGUUGUUGAGGAUUACCCCCGCAGAACUCCAGGCAGCAAAAGAAUGACCCGGAGAGAGUACAGGAGCAUGCAUUACUAUGCCAAAGAGGACAGUGAAGAAGAGCAUCUAUGAGGACUAAAUCACUUCAGCUGCCGCUUGCAGGAGUACAAAUGACUGAAGAAGCGUCAUGCUGGUAAAAUGGACUUGAUUUGUUUUAAAACAAGCUAUUUUAUUCUCUUAACAAUAGAGAUGCCCUGUGUUGUUCAAUCGGUAAUGAGGCACAUUAUAAUCAAAUGCAGAAAUCCUGUGCAUCCCUAAUUAUAAACUUAAGAGCAUUCAUUCAAGUGCUGCACUAAAAGAAUGUACAGUAAAAGGUUUUAUGUGAGAUUUCUGGUUUAAAGCAUCAUGUGAUUUGUCCCGAAAGAAGGCUAUUUAAGGAAAACUUGCGUACAAGUGUAAUGGGGUUUCUACCAUUUGUUGUUACUUAUGCGUUCAUCCAUCAAGUGCCUCAUGUUUGAUAUUUAGACUUCGAAAGCAAUUGAAUACUAGCCUGUCCUUUAUGAAUUUGGCACUUUUAAACAUUCUUUGUUGAGAAUGAAUCCAUUUGUUUUUGGAAAAAAAACACUUUAUACUUCAGAGUUGGUGCUGUAUAAUUGAAAGAUAAAGCAUGUAGAUUUGACAUAUCUUAAUUGCUCUUUGAUAUGCUCGAUGUAAAGAAUUUAUAUUGGCGUCUCAAAUUAAGAGGAUUUUAUUGUAAGAUUUUAUUGUGAAAUUGUCAUUUUUAACAUACAAUUUGAAUCUGUUAUAUGCAUGUGGCUCCAUCAGAAUUUGUCUGUAUAUGAUAUUUGUAAAUUCGUCCGGAUUUGCACUAACAAGAUGUAACAUUUUUACAGAUGUAGUUUAUUUGCGAUUAUGUAUGAGGUAAAACUUGUAGAAAGUGUGAUUUUUGAAGUUUAUAUUUUUCUAUUGACGUGGUGAAUCAAGUGCUAAUUUUUGCUACCAAAUGCCUUGUAUGUACAUGAAAUGUAACUUAUUUAAUUUCUGAUCUUCAGUGUAUUAUCAUACAAAAAGCUAGAAUACUCCGUCCAGACAAAAUAAACCUCAUUUAUGAUUUGGGAAACAA